AUAUCCUCACUAUUGAUUCUGCAUCGAACUGCGACGUAAUGUCUCGACGAAGCACACGGCUACUGACGAGCGGUUAUUACUUUGAAGAUGAGGCACAGCAGGUGUCCUACAGAGAGAGCCCUGUGAAGGUGUUCCGGAGGCGUAAGACCCAGUCGGGCUCUGCUAUCCCCUCCCUCUCCUCCUCCUUCUCCAUGGUCUCCUCUGUGGGCUCCGGCCUGCUGGACCAGAGCUUCACCUCCUCCGGCUACUCCUCCUCUGAGGAGCAUGACCAGUCCUGGAGGGUGAGGAGCAGGCUGCCCCGGCGGAGCCAGCGUACCAAUGUGUCUCAGCAGACCGGUAAUCCGAUCCUUAAGAAGAUUUCCAUGUUCUUCUGCGGAGCUGGGCAUGUGGACAAACGCUUCAUGCUAGGCUGCUACCUGCUCUGCUUCUCACUGGUUUUGACACUUCUGGCUUCUGGUGUCCUGUUCCUUGGCCCCUCCACUCCUGUGAAGAUGGCCGAAUCUGGACCUGGAUCUGAUAUGGACUCUGUGACUGCCGCGAUGGUUAUGACGGACCACCUGAGGGACUUCCGCCAUGAGGUCCUUCAGCACAUUGACCAAAGACACGCCACCGUCACCGAUAACUGCGCCAGGCAAAUGGACGAUUUCAAGCGAGAGGUCAGCCUGCUGAAGGAAGACGGUGACCGCCAUCGCCACAUGGCAGAGAUUCUGCAAAUGGAAGUGGCAAACCUGAAGGAUAUGGCAAAAGAUACCAAAGACCGUGACUGGCAGGCACAGACCACUAGAGAGAUCGAUAGUAUGUCUACGAAGGUUGCAGAGUUGAGCAGCAGCAUAUCAGACCUAAACCAUGACCAGCAUAACAUCAAUACACGUAUAGCGGACCAAGACAAAAGCAAAGCUCAGAUGAAGAAGGAGCUGACUGAUUUCCUCAUUAGUUGGAUGCAGGAUAGACAGGGACUUGGACACAUGACGGCCAAGGAUGUUCAUGAUAUUGUCCAAUCGGCUUUGAAUCUCAAUAAAGCAGACGGAACUGGAAUGGCUGAUUUUGCUCUGGAGUCACUUGGGGCCUAUGUGAUCAAGGAUCGCUGCUCAGACACAUAUCGUACCAGGGCUGGUGUUGUCAGCCUGUAUGGCAUACCAUUGUGGUACACCUCCGACAGCCCAUCCACUGUUUUACAGCCUGAGGUGCAUCCUGGGAAGUGCUGGGCCUUUAAAGGCAGUCAGGGUUUUGUCACCAUUGCCCUGUCCCACCCCGUGCGGGUCACCCACGUCAGCCUGGAACACAUCCCCAAGAGUAUCACCCCCACCGGACGCAUCGACAGCGCACCCCGAGACUUUGUUGUUUAUGGCUUCACGGGCUUUGAUGAGCACGAGGAGGGUACCAUCUUGGGGAAGUUCACAUAUGACUCUGACGGCAAACCCAUCCAGACCUUCAAGUUACCGGAUGAAGUGAAUGAGGUGUAUAAUGUGGUGCAGCUGAAGGUCCUGAAUAACUGGGGCAACUCGGACUACUCCUGCAUCUACCGGUUCAGAGUUCAUGGCCAGGCACAGCUAAACUGAGAGAGGCUCUCUACUAUCUCCUAAACCCAUCGUCACCCACCCGCUCCCAUCCUGCAACAAUUUCUAUACCAUCCACCACCACCACCAACCCCUACCCUCGAUUUGAAAAACACCCAACCCAAUCGACUGCCUUACCCCUAAAUACACAGUCCAUCCGAGGCAAACAUCAGACAAACUCCUCACCCCACUACCCAACUCCACAAUGACCCUGGAACCUCCUCAUCACCCACCCUCAUAAACUCCAAAACCCAGCCCAUAACAUCAUGACACCCAACCACCACCACCGCCUCUAGCCACCCACCCUUUUACCCACCCUGCACCAUUCUAAACACCCAACACCCACUUCUAAACCCACCCUUCCUUCCCUUAAUCAAAGUCAUAACUUACAUUAUUUUUUUAAAGAAAAUAAAUAUUUUAUUUUC